AUGGCUGUUACUCGAGAAGAACUCUCUGUGGGGUGCUACGCAUACAACUAUGCACUCUUCGGCAAAUCUGGAUAUGGUUACGUACCAUCACUCGGGGCGGGCAUAUUCUUUUGCGUAAUAUUCGCUGAGGUGAUAGGCUGGGCGGGUCGUACAUGGUCAUCUCAAUGCCCAUACAACGCCAAUGCCUUUCUUAUGCAGAUCACAACUUUGAUUAUCGCACCGACUUUUAUUACCGCCGGACUGUAUCUUAUUCUAGGCCAAAUGAUUCGAGUGGCCGGCAGACACACUUCCCCGAUCGGUCCGCGAACGUACCUCCUAAUAUUUUCGACCUGUGAUGUGAUAUCCCUUGUGAUACAGGCCGUGGGGGGAGCCAUGGCUUCGAUAGCGACAAGUGCGGACCCCCCAAAAGAUACAACCCCAGGAACACACAUCAUGGUGGCUGGAAUCGUCUUUCAAAUGGCCUCAAUUACCGCCUUUGCGGUUCUAUUUACCCUGUUCGUCGUACGUUCGCGGAGCAGUAACCUGCCUCGCAAGAGCUAUUUCUUGGUUGGAGCAACCGCGUUCUCGACCGUUAUGAUUUACGUCAGAAGCAUAUACCGAACUAUCGAACUUAGUCAGGGCUGGACUGGAUAUCUCAUCACUCGCGAGCCUUACUUUAUUGUGCUAGAUGGCGUUAUGAUUGUGCUUGCAACUGGCGUUUUCAAUGUGAUCCACCCAGGAUGGUUUGGGUUGAGCAAGGUGCCUCUGGACUCGUCUACUGCGAGAACGGAGACAGCCAACAAGCCCAUUUCACCGCCAAUGGAGGAGAACAGUGCUGUAUCACAGUGA